CGGCGGGUGAGAGGAGCCAGUGAGGCGGAGCCCGGCCAGGACUCCCCGGUCGCCGGCCUCACAUCUGAGGGAGCUGCCGGUUCCCGUCCCCCGGGCGGCUGCGCUCGCCUCUCCUCUCCCCGGCUGCGGGGGAGCCGCUGUCCCGGCCUUGCUGCCCGCCGCGGCGGGUCCGCGCCAAUGAUGUCGGGGCAGUCGAUCACGGACCGCAUCACGGCGGCGCAGCACAGUGUCACCGGCUCGGCCGUGGCCAAAGCUGUCUGCAAGGCGACGACCCACGAGGUGAUGGGCCCCAAGAAGAAGCACCUGGACUAUCUAAUACAGUGCACAAAUGAAAUGAAUGUGAAUAUUCCACAGUUGGCAGAUACACUCUUUGAGAGAACUGCAAACAGUAGCUGGGUUGUAGUGUUCAAAGCUCUAAUUACAACACACCACCUCAUGAUGUAUGGAAAUGAGCGCUUUAUCCAGUAUCUUGCAUCCCGAAACACUUUGUUCAAUUUAAAUAACUACCUGGACAAAAGUGCCAUGCAGGGCUAUGAUAUGUCUACCUUCAUUAGGCGAUAUAGCAGAUACUUGAAUGAAAAAGCACUUUCAUAUAGACUUGUAGCAGUUGACUUCACCAAAAUGAAAAGAGGGAUAGAUGGAGUGAUGAGAACCAUGAAUGCUGAAAAGCUUCUGAAAACCCUUCCAAUCAUACAGAACCAGCUUGAUGCACUCCUUGAUUUUGAUGCAAAUCCAAAUGAACUAACAAAUGGUGUUAUAAAUGCUGCCUUUAUGCUCCUCUUUAAAGAUUCCAUUAGACUUUUUGCAGCAUACAAUGAGGGGAUUAUUAAUCUUUUAGAAAGAUAUUUUGAUAUGAAGAAGAACCAGUGCAAAGAAGGCUUGGAUAUUUACAAAAAAUUUCUAGCCAGAAUGACCAAAUUGUCAGAAUUCCUCAAAGUAGCAGAGCAAGUUGGAAUUGAUAAGGGAGACAUUCCAGAUCUUACUCAGGCACCAAGCAGUUUGCUUGAAGCACUGGAACAGCAUUUGGCUUCUGUAGAGGGAAAGAAAACAAAAGAAGUCUCCGCUGCCAUCAGAGCUACUGCCCUAUCCAGGGCUGUUUCCACACUUGCCUGUACAGGAAUGCUGUUUAGGAAGAUGGAUGAGAAAGAAAAACAACAGGCAUUGGAGGAGGAGCAAGCUAGACUGCAGGCGCUUAAGGAGCAGCGAUUAAGAGAGAUUUCUGUAGUAUCAAAUUCCAUUUCCAGAUCAGCAUCCCCAAGCACCUUAUCAGAAAAAAGUGUGAAUACCACUGUAGCUGUUGACCUCUUUUCAGUACCAGCACCCACAACAAAUAGCAUGCCCAACCUUUCUAGUGACCUUUUUGAUCUUCAGCCUGCGUUUGUUCCAGCUGUGCAGAGUACUCCAGCUAUACCCACAUCACCAAGCAGUGCUUGGGGAGGUCCUUUCUCGUCCUCAAAUGGUUGUGUUGGUUCUCCACCUCAUCUGGACAUCUUUGACAUGAAGCCAGUUGAAGAAGCUGUAAAAUCUGCCACCCCUUUCAUCAAUUCUGCUUUUUCCUCCAAACAAACGGUGGAACUGUUUAGUGAUGACUUUAGUGGUCAAACACCUACAUAUGCUUCUGUGUAUCAUCCUCUGACUGUUGAUGGUUUUCCUCUUCAUUCAGCUCCUCCAACAAUUAACGUGGACUUCGAUGCUGUUUUUGGAGGAAAAUCUACAGCACCAGAGUACAGGACUACAAAUGAUGAUGUAUUGCAACCCACAGGACCACCACAGAGUCAAAGAGCCCCUUUAGCCAGCCAGCAAAAUGGAAAAAUUUUGGCAAACGACCUUGAUUCUUCACUUGCUAAUCUAGUGGGAAAUCUUGGCUUUGGAGGAACUCCACCCAAAAAAUCGGAUAUGCAGUGGACCCAGCCUACAGAGAAAAAACUUACUGGUGGAACAAACUGGCAAGCAAAAACAAACACAUUGACCACAUGGAGCCCUACUCCCUUACCCUCUAUUCCACAUAUGGUACCUGCUCCUAUCACGUACCCACUGACCACACCUCAAGUGCCUGUAUACGGAAUGGUACCUCCUCAGGUUGGAGCUGCUCCUUUGAUGGCACCCCAGACAAUGAUGUAUACACAGCCUGGUCUAAGGCCAACAAACCCUUUUGCACCUGUUUCUGAAACUCAGAUACAGUUUAUGUAGAGCCACCAAAGCAGCAAGAUGUGAGAACAACCAAAUACUGGUAAAAAAACAAAAAAGACAAGACUGAAUUUUGAUCUUUCCAUGAUGUAUUCCUGAACAGGGCAACUGUUUCUUCCCUGUAUAAUACCAUAUUAGUUUGAAUUGCAAUGCUUUCAAGGUUCUUGUUUAUAACAGUCACUGCAGUGUGAAUGUUUGUUCACUGAUCUUUUUUCUUCCUUCAAACUGCUCAGCAGAAAACUGUAUUUUACUGAGGUUGACUCAGAAGGUUCAAGCUGGAUUAUCAUCUUCAGAGCUGAGAUGAGGGGUAUCAUGAUUGCUCUGCAACCUUACUCAUCAGUGGAUUACCAUAGGAAUUUAACAGAGGAUAUCAAAGCUAUUUAUUUUCUCCAUACAAAUUCUGUGGCUGUUGUAACCAAGACACAACACAAAUGAAGUUGAGCAAUAAAAUUUUUAUGUGCUCUAAUGAAUACUCUGAUAGAGUAAUGCUUGCAUUAUCAUAAGGCCAAUAUUGUGUGAAAUCAGACAGCUUUUUCACAUUAGGAUAGCUUAUAGUAAUUUGCGAACUUUAUAAUGUGAGUUUGAAAUGCUGUGAAUCAACAAGAUAUAUACAUAUUACAUUAUAUAUAUAUUAAAAAUAAUAGAUUGCUCCAUUGGUAUGUGAUGGGCUGAAAGCCUGUGAUGGAGCAAGGGGAAACAAGUGUGUUACAGAACGGCACGUGCAGCCUCUGACCAGUGACAGUAGCUGCACCUCCAUCGAGUAUCUUCUCUGCAGAUAGUGUCUUUCAUAGCUCAAGAAGAGUAGCUUUGGAAGCCAGUGAAUGCCAGGUCCCCAGGAGCAGCAAGUGGGAGUGCAGAAGAGGCAAGAGAUCCAACUUUUUCUACAAAGCCCAUUUGGUCAAAAGAAGCAAACCUUGCAAUAGUGCUGCCACUUGUGAACUGGCACCUCUGUGGAGAUUACCUGGCUGUAGGGAAUAGCUUGUGCUGCUUUUCUGAAAUAAGAACCUAGUUGUAAAUCGUAUAAAAGUAAUUAUUUUUAAACAUGUAAAUAUGUGCAGACUUUUAGAUAAUCUUUUCUUUAAUGCUGCAGUAAUCUUUUUCUUCUGUAGUAAUUUCAAGGUUAAAAUGCUAUGUUAAGAAAUCCAGACUCUCUUUGAGAGGAAAAUCUUUUAAAUCACGUAAUUUAUGACGUACGCUGUUCAUGACGCGUACAGACUUGUGGCAUGUCUUUUGUAUUUACCAAUCUUCCUCCAGAACUGCAGUUGGCUGUGGAAAUGCCUUAUCUUUUAUUUCUGAUGUCUGAUAAAAAGUGAUACCUUUAAAACAACUGAAAAAAAAAUCGUUAAUCAAGUAAAUGGAGUUGGGAGCAACUUUUCUUCCAGAAGUUUUGUGGCAGAGUUGAGUGAAAAGCUCUCCUGUAAAAUGACUUCUACUCAUGAUUAAUAUUAAAGCUGAGUUUUCAAAUAAUAGUUUUCUAUUGUUGCAAUAGAUAGACCUCCAAAGCAGCAUGUCUUUUAGCUCUGGGGAGUCUAUAAUUGCAGAACUAUCUCUGACUCUCACUAUGAUAGGCCUGAGGAUUUUGUCAAACUGUCUUGCAGAGAACUUUUAAAAUACCACAUUUUCCUCAUAUUCCCGCUUCCUAAAUGCUUAAUUCUGUCUAAAGAGUGCAAAAAUAGUAUUUUUAACCCUAUGGAAAUGUUUUUGCCACGUGAAACAACUCAAAAGUGACAAAACAAAAAACCAUCCCCCAGCCCUUGCAGUCUGUAACCACUGACUUCCUGGGACAUGUAACCCUGCAGAGAUUUAAACCAAGGAGUUCCUGAAUGUGCUUUGAUUUUGGGUUUAUUUUAAGAAUUUGGACCAGUGUGUAGCAAUCUGAUGUUCAAGUUUGAAUUACAAAGGGCUUCAAGCUUUAAUCCACCUCUAUUGGGUUGAACAGUUGUACAGUUUUAAGCCAAUGAGUUCUUCAGUGCCUAUAGUUACCCUCCACGUGAUGAGGGAAGAGAUGCCAUUUAGAGUGGGUCGUUGUGUUGUGUUU